AAAAUAAAGAAAAACUCCAACCUUACGUGCGAAUCAAUGUAUUAAAAAGAAAAAAACAGAGCACCAAAAUAAGGCUCUCCUAAAAUCUCUCUCUCCCACAAAAUUCACAACCUUAUUUCCUUUCAAUUCCAACUCUUUUUACUUCAUUUUCUCUAACUAAUUAUUUCUUACGUUUCUCUUUUUCAUUUUCAACACAAAUUCUUUUUCCAAACAGUAUAAGGCUACCUAGCUAGUAAUUAGACCUCCUUUGAGGAAAUUAUUACGACCAAGCUAGGAGGUGUAGGCCUCAAACUCCCCACAAUUCGAUCUUGAACCCCUCUUCCCAUAGCCAUGGUGUUUCCUCCUCUUCUCCUUAUCCUCCUUCUCUCCAUUAUUAAUCCUUUCGUCUAUGUCGAAUCGAAACUCUCUCUUGGCUAUUACAACAAAACAUGUCCUGAUUUUGAGAAGAUCAUAAGGGAGACAGUCACAGCAAAACAGAUAUCAAAUCCCACCACGGCGGCAGGCACUCUUCGCCUCUUCUUCCAUGAUUGCAUGGUGGAGGGUUGCGACGCCUCUGUGUUAAUCUCUUCAAAUCAUGCCAAGGACACCGAACGUGAUGCCGACCUUAACCUCUCCCUCUCCGGUGAUGCGUUUGAUGUUAUUGUUCGUGCUAAGACAGCUCUUGAGCUUUCUUGCCCCGGCAUUGUCUCUUGUUCUGACAUCCUCGCUCAAACCACUCGGGACCUCAUCAUCAUGGUUGGUGGCCCAUUUUAUAAGGUUCGACUUGGACGCAAAGAUGGCAUGGUGUCCAAAGCUUCUCUUGUAGAAGGAAACAUUCCAAGGGUCAAUGACACCGUGGACCAGAUGAUCAAACUCUUUGAAAGCAAUGGCUUUACUGUCCAAGAAAUGGUGGCGUUAACUGGUGCCCACACCAUCGGAUUCUCUCAUUGCAAAGAGUUCGCCGACCGGUUAUUCCAUUUCAGCAAAACCAACAGUACUGACCCAGAUAUCCACCCCUUGUUUGCAGCUGCAUUGAAGAUUACCUGUGAAAACUACACAAGAGAUCAUGGCAUGUCAGCCUUUAAUGAUGUUAUGACACCAGGAAAGUUUGAUAACAUGUACUACAAGAACUUGAAGAAAGGUUUGGGACUUUUGUCUUCAGACAACGCUAUGCUCAAGGACCCUAGAACAAAACCAAUUGUUGAAUUGUAUGCAACAGAUCAGAAGCGAUUCUUCGAUGCAUUUUCUCACGCCAUGGAGAAAUUAGCUGUCCAUAAAGUCAAGACUGGACGAAAGGGAGAGGUCAGGAGAAAGUGUGAUGCUUUUAACUAAAUCUCAAAACCUUUAGAAAGAAAAUGACCUUGUAUUCAUAUAUUGAGAAGAAAGAAAAUGAGUAGUUAUUGAUAUUAGAAAGAAAUGGAGGUCUGGUCUGGUGUGAGUGAUUUUAUGCAUGAGUGGAUUCCAAAUUUUAAUUUUCUCUGUGCUUAUAUAAUAUAUAAAUUCGUGUAUAGAUAUGUUUUAUACCAUAAACAUUUGAUGACUUGAGAUAUUUAUUGUGAAUUCUAAAAGAAA